CGGGGUUCCUCACUGGUUUACCCCUCUUAACAACACCCAGAGUGGGAAACAGACUUUGUUGAAGCUGAUCAAAAUUUUAAUCCACCUCUCAGCCUUGCAGUGGAACUCUUGAAUGCGUUGCUUAUCAGCCUUCCUAGGUCUGCUCUAAGGUAUUUCUUUAAUAGCUAAGCAGCACAAUGGAAACCACGGGGAAAGCAAAUAAAAAAGAUACACAAGAGAAGCCAAAGGAAACCAAACUGCCUACUAGUGAAGCCCUUCUAGACUAUCAUUGUCAAAUAAAGGAAAAUGCAGUAGAGCGCUUCAUGUUUCAAAUAAAAAAGCUUAGGGAAAAGAACCAAAAGUAUCACGAGAGAAACCGACACUUGAAGGAUGAACAGAUCUGGCACAUACGGAACCUACUCAAGGAGCUGAGUGAAGAGAAAUCAGACAUAUUACCUGCUGUGUCAAGGGAGGAUGUUGAAGAAGCGAUGAAAGAAAAAUGGAAGUUUGAAAGAGACCAGGAAAAAAACUUGAAAGAUAUGCGCACACAAAUAAGUAAUGCUGAGAAACUAUUUCUUGAAAAACUCAGUGAAAAGGAAUAUUGGGAAGAGUACAAGAAUGUAGGGAGUGAUCAACAUGCUAAACUCAUUAUAUCCUUACAAAAUGACAUCAAUAAAGUCAAAGAGAAUGCAGAGAAAAUGUCAGAACAGUAUAAAAUCACUCUGGAAGAUGCUAGAAAGAGAAUAAUCAGAGAAACUUUGUUGCAACUGGACCGAAAAAAGGAAUGGGCCACACAGAAUGCUGUAAGGCUCAUUGAUAAGAGCAGUUAUCGAGAGAUCUGGGAGAAUGACUGGCUAAAAAGAGAGAUUGCAAUACACAGAAAGGAAGUUGAAAAAUUAGAAAAAGUUAUUCAUGAGCUGGAAGAAGAAAACUUGGUGCUUAUUGAUCAACUUUUCAACUGUAGACUUGUGGAUCUCAAAAUACCCAGGCGACUAUAUCUUACUCAAGCUGCUGGGCAGAGUGUGCCACUGGAAAGAAAGCCUUUGGAGUUGCCAGAAACAUGUCCAGAAGAGAAGUCAAAAGUGCAACCUAUAGAAGUAGAAAGUAGACACAUGAUGAGCUCAUCAGUUAAGAGCAGUGCCCUCCAUCUCAGUCAUCAAGACAGUAUCAAAGAUGCCCAGCACCUGAAGAUAGAUGAAGAUGAGCUCUCAUGCCCAGAAUUUGGAGGCUCUGAUAUGAAGUAUUUACUAUAUGAGGAUGAGCAGGAUUUCAGGGAAUAUGUCAAGUUGGGCCCCCUGGAAGUAAAGCUUAUGUGUGUGGAGGGCAAGAAAAUGCCCAUUCAUUUUCAAGAUAAGGAUGCUCCAAUCAAGCUCCAUGAAGAUGUCAGAAGUCCAGAAAGCUGCAUCACCUGUAAGAUGGUGAAGUCUCUUCUCUAAGAUUAAAAGAUGCAGAGUAAAAACCUUUGCUUACAAAUGUCUUAGGGAACUGAAGUAUAUUCAGUUGCCAAUUCAGUCCAUUUCAAACCAGUUGUUAUUCCUAAAGGUCAUAAUUACAUUUGAAAUUAAAGUUCCAAGUACUCAACAAUCA